CGCAACAAGUACGCCUGUCAGCGUCGCUCCCCCCUCAUCUGCCCAAAUCAGGCUCUGGUCGACUUACUGCGGAACUUGAAAUUGAAAUGGCAGAUUGAGGACGACGAGCGGCGUGUAAGAGCAUACAGUACCGCUAUCGCUAGUAUUAAAGCAUAUCCCAUCAAGAUCCAGACUGGGGAAGAAAUCAUGGAGCUUGAAGGAUGCGGCCCAAGCUUUCUCAAAAGAGUCUGCGAAUUCAUACAAAACGGAAGCAUCAAAGAAGUGAAUGAGGCGUGGCAGAGUGAGGCACUCUUGACCAAAUUCACAUUCUGGAACGUCCACGGCCUAGGAGCCAAAGGUAUCUCUCUUUGGUACAAUGAACGUGGCUACAGGAGCCUCAACGAUGCAAUUUCGAGCAAUUGGGAUGCCUUAACGCGUCCGCAGCAAAUUGGAGUCAAAUACUACGAUGAUUUUCUCCUUAUGAUCGAUCGCAGAGAAGUGGACAUCAUCGUCAAAAUUGUUCACGACGUCGCUCAAGAAGUAUUGGGUCAGUCUAGCCCAGUGAGUUCCACUUGUUGCGGUGGAUAUCGCAGAGGUAAGGCGCAAAGCGGAGACGUUGACGUUGUUCUGACGCAUGUAUCCAUAAAGGACACUGCCCAAGCCCUGAGAAGCAUUGUACAAAAGCUUGAAAGCACUUUGUUUGUCCAGGAAGUCAUCUCUGAGCGUCACGAACGAGACGGCAGUAAGCAGCACCUUUCAGGCUAUGCCGUGGGCUUGGUAGUUUGCAGAUUGCCGGAAGGCAUCGAGAAAGCCAAACAGAAGCUUCCUAUGCGGCGUUUGGAUAUCAUCGUCGCCCGACCAGAUAAUUACAUCUCGGCGAUUCUUGGGUGGUCAGGCUCCAUCACAUUCGAACGAGACUUACGUCUCCAUGCUCGCAAUACACUUGGCAUAAACUUUGAUUCUACCGGUCUC